UUUCCACUUUCAGAGUUGGACUUUAUUUUAAAUGUUUGAAAGUUUGGCUUAUACCUUUAACCGGAGUGCACUGAUCUGUAAAUUUACUGUUGUUGGAACCGGCGACCCAAGCCUGCAGUCAUGUCGAAGGCAAAGACACAGCAGCCUGCAGUUAUACAUAAAGUUAUAAUGGUUGGGAGUGGAGGUGUGGGCAAGUCUGCACUUACACUACAGUUCAUGUAUGACGAGUUUGUGGAGGACUAUGAGCCAACCAAGGCAGAUUCCUACCGUAAGAAGGUGGUCUUAGAUGGUGAGGAGGUCCAGAUAGAUAUCCUAGACACUGCUGGACAGGAAGACUACGCAGCUAUCAGAGACAACUACUUCCGUUCUGGGGAGGGGUUCCUCUGUGUCUUCUCCAUCACAGAACAAGAGUCAUUUCAGGCUACAGCGGAAUUUAGGGAACAGAUUUUAAGGGUAAAAAAUGAUGACAACAUUCCUUUUUUAUUGGUGGGAAACAAGUGUGACUUAGAGGACAAGCGUCAAGUAACGGUAGACGAAGCACAAACACGAGCUCAGCAGUGGGCAGUUCCCUAUGUAGAGACGUCUGCAAAGACUCGCGCUAAUGUAGAUAAGGUUUUUUAUGAUUUAAUGAGGGAAAUCAGAUCACGGAAAAUGGAGGCUAUUCGACAGAGUAAUGGAAAGAAAAUUCGCAAAAAGGAAAGCAAGAAAAGGAAGUGUACCAUUUUAUAAGGGAAAAGUAUGUUAGGAAGACCCAACUGGUUUUUAUAGAGAAACAUGACACUUGGUGACUAAGUCAUCACUUAGGAAGGGAGGUUACUCCCAUCCUGUAUUUGGAGUAGGAAAACAAUCAGUCAACAUUUGAAGACAUUCUUUGUCCCUUUGACUGUCCUCUGACAUCCCUGUUUUAGGUUCUUCCUGUGGCAAGUGGUUGUAAUCCAUACACCAGGUUUCUCUAAGAUAAUACAUCUAAAGGACAGGAGACAAUCUUGUUAAAGUGGCAAGUGACCCAUCAUUAUUUUAUGUAAAGGAAGGGGAAUAACUUUGAAAUGUUUUACUCAAUAACCCAGUGAUAACACUUUUUACCAUUUCUGUGCUCAGUUUACAAUUAAUUGUUGACCUUUGUGUUGAUAUGUCUGUAUGUGAUGCGGAACUACUCCAGGAAGAAUAAGAUCUGAUGGUAAUAUUCAACCAAUUCACACUGAAUUUUACUCUCACACACGAUUCUUGAAAAACUUGCUUCUCUUUUAAUAUCCCAGCCAGAAAUGAUCAACCAGUGCAAAGAGAGACAACUCUAGAUACCUUUGAAGGAUGAAUCAACUUAUUGCCAACAACAUGGUGCAUCAGUAUGCAGAUAUCAGUAGUUCAUUGACAUUUAAUAGCAUGCAUGGUUAAUUCAGUCUCCUCACCUCGGUUGAAGGUGGUUUACCUUGGACAUCAUCAUUCUUUACUUGUGUGAUGAGGACGAUGGACAAUCUUUACAUCAUUUAUUUUCAAACUGUAAACAAAACUGCUAUAUAUUACAUUAAGAUAUCUGAAAAAAAUGUGUUGACUACAUAAAAGAUCAGUUAUAUUUUCCUUUAUAUUCGACAGACUUGAGAACUGACUAUAACGUAGGAAAAUUGAAAACAAUCAAAGAUUUAUAGUACUUCUAUUUUGCUUUUACAAAUAUCUUAAAUUAAAUAAUAAUAUAUAAAUUUUGCAUUCUUUUUUGUAAAACUGAUAUUUUCACACAUGAAACAAACAUUUUAUUCUAAAUGGAUCCUUGACUAUAGUGGAUAUAUAACCCUCCCUGACCUUCUGCCAGUAUGACGACGACCUCUGCCAUACAUACAUCUGCCAUUCAUUGUAGAUUUUGACCUCUGAACCCUUUCAAACUUCAUUUGAUUCCGAGCAGCUCCUGAUAUAUUGUCUCCAAGUCAAUGAUCUCAGUAGAUUAAAGGUCAAACUGGAGGUGGAGGAGGGUGUGAUUUCAAUCAUGCAUGAUAACAGCUAUCUGUAUUUUGAACUUUAAAUCUUAGAGCUAUACAGUAUCCUUAAUGUUGCUGCCAGUGAUCAGUUUCUCUGUGAAUGUUAUAUGUCAUCACAUAACAUAUAAAUGGUAUUUUGAAUAGAUUUCCAACCUAAGUCAUAUAUACAAUAUUUUACCUUAUUGCUGUUCAUAAAAACUUAAGUAUACAUGUGUAUCCACUGGCUACUGAGUCAUAUUUAUAUAUACCUUAUUUGUCCUGUGAGCGAUGCUAUUUUUUUUUUUUUUUUUACAUCAGCAAUGUAAAGUUGAGUUGGAAGUGUCUUUGUGGAUGUCAACCCAUGUAUCAAUUUUAACCUGAAAUAAUCUUCAUAUGGAGGUGUGGCGUUGUUCGCUACCUUAAUAGUACAUGAACAAGGAUUUUCUGUCAUUGUACAUAGUGUUGAGGAUGUGUGCUACCUUGUUGUAACAUGAAGAUGUAUACUUCCUUAUUGUGACUUGGAAACUUAAAGAUGUAUAUUACCUUACUAUGAAAUGACAUAUCAACUUAAAAUUCAUCAAACAUAGAGACUAAAUGAUGUAUGCAUCCUUUAUAUGUCAUAUGCCUCUGAUUUUAGAAUAGUAUUAUACAACAAAAUGAUCUUUAUCAAAAUUUGAUUUGAUUAUCUGUCAUUCUGUCAAGGUAGCCUAUAUCAUUAAGGAAUGUAUGAUGUCAUAAUGGACAUCAUGAUAUUAUAAUGGAUAUGUGACAUCAAAAUACACUAGAAUGUCAUGAUAUACUUCAUAUCAUAAUGUACUAUGAAAUAUGACACAAUGUCAGGAUGUAAUGAUGUACAGUGUGAUGUCAGCAUGUUCUGUUUGAUGCCAUGAUGUUCUGUGUGAUGUCGUUAUACUCUGAUGUCAUAAUACACUGAUGUUUUGAUAUCAUGAUGUUCUGUGAAGUCAUGAUUGACUAUGUCAUGUCAUGUGAUGUUUGAUGUCAUGUUGCACUGUGUGAUGUCAUGAUACAAUGUGUAAUGCCAUGAUAUAGUAUGUAAUGUCAUGAUGUACUGUGUAAUGUAUACUCCUGGUACUGUACCAGUUAAAUGUUUAUUCUGUUUGAAUGUCUGUUAUAUACUGUGAUGACGCAUUACUGCCUUUUGUUGUGUAGUUACUACACAGCCAGUAGGUUAUGCUUGCUAUAUCUGUACCUCAACCAUAUUCAAAUGUUAGUUAUUAUUGAGCCCAGUGUCCUUCAACCUGGACGAUAAAAAAAUUAAGAUAAUCAGCUUUACUCAUGAGAAACAGGACCAGGAAAAUCGAUUAAAAAAAGUCAGAUACGCUAAGUGCAAUUAGGUCAAACAAUCAGGAAAUCAAGUACUUUUAGGUCAAGCAAUCAGGAAAACCAAGUACCCUUAGGUCACAUGAUCAGGAAUUCAAGUUUACUUAGGUCACAUGAUCAGGAAAAUGAAGUGCACUUAGGUCACAUUAAUCAGCACAUAAUUGGAUAAGGUGUAUACAGUAUAUUUUGUAACACGGAAAUGGAAAUUUGGGUCAAAGAUUCAAGUAAAUGGAGUAAAAUUAGGUAAUCCAAAGACAAAUGAAUGGAGCAAAGAACAAAGCGACUUGCUUGUCCUCUAGAAUAAGCAACAUGAUACCAAAUAAUGCUGAGAAGAAAGAUAUGUUUACAUUAUUCCUAUUCAUCCAGGUUUAAGGGCAUUGUCUUGGUGCAGCCAACGAAGCGAUGAUUACUUAUGAGCAGGCUUCCUUAAAGGCCUUUUAUCAGUAUACAAGUUUAGUGAAAUACUUUAUUUUUAGUGCAACUAUCUUACCUUUUGACUUUUGAGCGGAGCUUGAAUGGUGCAAGUAGAGUGUGCCAGUAUGUAUGUGAAACAGGUGUUGAAAGGUGUGCAUGUUGUGAACGAUUGUUUUAUAGUUGUGUAGUGUGUGAGACUCCUGGUAUUCUGUCAGAAAGGGUAUUGCUUGAUGUAUGUGUUGUGUGACUGCUAAUAUUAUGUACAUGUAGAUACAUGUGCAUCACCAUUGUUCUUGCAAUAUGUAUGCAUGUGUAAUUCUGUGCUGUAAAUAUUAUGUGGGGAAAGGUUUGGUUUGAUCUUCUACAUUUGGUUAACUUUCAGAUUCAGGAGGUCAGCACUACAUCAUGCUAUUUUGGCUAACAAUAAAUUUACAUUAAUGAUAUUUUAAUUUCUCUAAUAACAUUAUCAAAAAAGUCAAAAGAAAUUUUCAAAGAUUUCAGAGAAAAUAGAGGCAAGGAUAUUGCCCAGUGAAGGCAAUGAUAAGUUAAAAGAAAAUGACUUUCACCUAACUAUUAGGUGGAAUAUCUAAAACAUAUUAUAAACCAGAGCCCCACACAGUAAUUACAGUAUUUUACUGAGAGUCUGCCAUCAUCACAGGGCAAGCCCUGAAUUGUAUAUUUCACAGAAGCUUACUAUCAGAUUUGUUAAUUUUGUAUGGACUGACCAAUGCCAUAAGUAUGUACAUCAAUCUAUAAUUAUUUUAUACCAAUAUAAUAAUUAAUCUCUUUGUUUUUAGGAUAUUCUUGAGUUGUACAUGGUCAAUUCAUCUGUUAAUGAUACGUCAAAUACUGUAUCCAUCUCACUCAUUAUUAAUAAAUGUGCAUGAAAUAGACGUAAGCUAAAACUAUUAAACCUUCAUAAAAAGA